UCACUGGUUUCCCUGGAAGCCGAGAGAAACCAGACCGACGCUCCCUGCGCCUCCGGUUCAGUCACCGGCGGACUUAGACGCACGCUGGAGGAAUGCGUGACAAGCCUCAGCGUUUGCUUGGAUUUUCAGACAGGAGACUUGUCUUUUAACAAGUGCAUUUUCGUUCCUGGCAUGAUAGCUCCCUCCUGGAGCCGAUCAAGGCGUUAGAAAUGUCUCACCAGCAGCGGGUUGUCCAACUCUCCUCCGCUUCGCUCGCUGUAGUCCUCGCCCCGGACGAGGAGAGUUUGCGCGCCGGCGGAGGGAAAGUCAACGCCAACACUACGAGUGGCCAGGAGGUUUUUGCGGACUUCAAGGCUCAAAAUUUGCGCAGUUUCUGGAAUCAGAGGCUCGUUAAGGCCGUAGCUGAAGUGUACUUUCAGGGAUGGAUGGAAAAUUUGGUGCUUUUCAUUCAAGGGAACGCCAACAACUUGGAGGUUUUGAGGGAAGCGUGGAUGCGCAGGGCUCUAAGGUCUCCAAAGGGAUUUGUCAUUAAAGCUGUCGGUGACCUGUCCCCGGUGCAGAUGUCCCCUGUCCCCCAGUCCCAGUUCAUCCCCUUGGCCGAAGUGUUGUGCUCAGUCAUCUCAGAUAUGAACUCCUCUGAAAUCAUCGUCAACCAGGAAGCACUUGUCAAUUACAUGAGCAAAGCCCACCCAGGGAUAACCAUCCCUACUCAGGACAUCCUUUACAAUGCUCUAGGCACUUUGAUCAAGGAGCGCAAAAUUUACCAUACAGGUGAGGGCUAUUUCAUUGUCACACCUCAGACCUAUUUCAUCACCAACAACAUGGCCCGAGAGAAGAACUGGUGGACUUCUGGUUCAGCAGACGACCCUCCCUCACCUCCUCCCAUUACUUACCUACUCAACAACGAUGGCUGUGUCGAGAGCACUCAAACGCUGCCACUGGCACACUGCAAGUCAUGCAGCUGCUUCAGCCCUCUCCAAACAUCCACUAAUGUCACCUCCACUACUGUAACAGCCGCCUUCCCUCCUUCCACUGUCCCAGACCACCAUUCUGUCUCUGUUUCCAUAAGUGAAUGCACAGGCAAGAGCUUGAAGUGGCCCAGGCCGUUAGAUCACAAACCCACAGUGCAGCAUCAAUCCACCUCCACAGCAGCAGAUUGUCAGGCAAGUGAGAUCAGCAAAACUACAGGCACUGCUAGCGUCACUGGACGUAAAGAAAAAGACAACAAAUCAGGGAGGAAGUUUGGUCUCAGUUUGUUCCGGAGAAAUGGAGGUAAAAAAGAAAAGCCAAAGAAGGAAUAUGCAUCAUUUUCAGGACAGUUUCCCCCUGAGGAGUGGCCAGUGAGAGACGAGGACGACCUGAACAACUUACCCCGUGACCUGGAGCAUGCCAUCAUCAAACGCAUCAAUCCUGAGCUGACUGUGGAUAACUUGACACGCCACACAGUCUUAAUGAAGAAGAUGGAGGAGAGAAGGGAGAGGGUGAUAGACAGAGUGUUGGACAGAGGUCUGGAUAAAGACGAUAAGGGAGUCGACAAGGGAAUGUCUACUGAGAUCCUACCAUUCUCAAAACCCAGGCAUCAUCACUCCUCUAAGUCAGGGAAAAGAUCAGCUCAGAAGGCCUCUCGCAGCAAGAGGAGAGUCCAUUCCUCCAGAGAAAAGCAGAGGGAAAGGGAGAGGGUUAAGAGUAAGGCUCCCAUAUGUGCAGAUGAUUAUGCAGAGGGGGAGGAUUUGAUCCCUGCUCGACUCACAGUGGAAAUCCCUGUUGAUGAACCAGAUCAAGUGGAGGAAGGUCGAGCAGUUGAAGAAAAAUCUCUUUAUAAGAAACGCAUUGAAAACCCUUUCCAUACUCAUCCAAUUAAAGAAGCGGAGAGCAUUAUUCCCCUGAUCAUCAACAGAGAACAAAGAAGACAAGAAAUGAAAGAGGGCAAGGCUUCAGGGCCUGGGAGGAGGGAACGAACAAGUCACCGCUCCAAAUCUUGGGACCCACAUCGGGCCAAAAUGAUUGCAGGUGAUGGGGAGCACGCAGGGAAAUCCCCUACAUCUGAGGACCGGUACAGCUGUGCCCACGAUAGGGAUCUUACUGCUGAUCAUCUGCUCCAAGCAGAGCCCAACAGAGAACUGCCACUGGACUACAGUUCAGCCUACCCACAGAGCAGUACGCUCCGAAUAGAUGACAAGAUCCGACAUCAGAGGGAGGGAAACAGCAAGGAGCGCAGGGAGGGAGUGGGCAAAAAUGGGUGUUUUCAGGAGGCAGAGUACAACAGUGUACCAGAACAUAGCCAAACUAUAGAUGAUGGCCUCUCUAACAUCCAACCGUACUCCAGUACUGAUGCCAUUCUCCCUUCCCAUCCUUAUGAGCCUGUCAUAAACCAGUCGUAUGACCCAACCCCCCCCUGGUCCAAGCAGUGUUUGCAGCGAAAACACUCCCUCAGACUCUCCAACCCACAAAGGGUUGAUAUUCAGAGGCCGGACGAGCUCUCUUCACAUCAGCAGGCCUGUGAAACUACAGGCACCCAGGAACAACAGGAGAUAAGACCCGCCACUAUCAGUAAUAGAGAGCAAAGAACCAUGAACCAAAAACAAAGGCCAGAACAGAUAGCUGAUGGCCCUCUGUCAAUAACAGACACUGAUGGCUUCAUUGAAGAUGACUAUAGGCUCUACCAGAGAACAGAUGAGCAGGAGGAUGAAGAUGCCUGCAGCUCCUUGUGUCUGAAUGAAGAGAUUAUUGAUGCUGCCAAUGGGUACCGAAAAGGUGUAGCAGACUACCAUUGCCAACAGUUGGUUUACAGUAAUCAUGAAUCUGAUUUACAAUAUCAGGGACCCCACAGUCACUAUUUUAAUUUAAACUUCCAUCAACCACAAGUCACCUCUAUGCAAAAUUCAAGGGACAGCACUUUAAAAGAUCUCAUUCCCCCAGCAGUACAGAGGGACCCUUCCCUCAGCCCAGCCAGAACUGCAGAGACCAGCUGGAGACUCAUUCAACAACAUCAGAGGAUGAGGCCACCAGGGGCCCAAAGUGAAUCCAGCAUCAGGCAAAGCUCACUGAUACAGGGGGAAAGACGACGGGAGGUCAGCCUUGAAUUGGAUUGUCCUGAACAAUCUGAAGUUGCAGACAGCAGCAUCUUUGACUAUAGUCAGACAAGUGAGAUAGAAUCAGACACAGAGACUGUCCGCAAGUCAGCUGACGAGGGUGACGGUGAAUCCGCUCACUGGGCAGUGGAGGUGGAGGAAGUGCAGGAGGAUGAGUUUGAUGAGACAGGUGUUCCUCAGACCCACAGAGCUGUUCUGAGCAUGCCCGGUGGCGCCAGAGGGACAGAGACUGGAGAAGCAGUGGAAAUAGGAGAGAACCAGAGCAUCACGGGUGACAGUGGUAUAGAUUCUCCCCGGACCCGUGUUAGUCUGGCCUCCAGCAACACUGUCAUUCUGGAGGGUCUCAAGAGAAGAGGAUUUUUACAAAACCUGGAGAAACUGCAUUCGAAGAGCAAUGCCAUUCGACCACAGAGCUCUUUGCUGCAGCUGACUCCCGUCAUGAACGUAUAGCAGGCCUGAGUCCCCUGCCGAAGCUUUGUGUUGGGGAGGGCAGAUCUUUUCAUGCAGCAGUAAGAAAAGGCCAAAAUCAUGUGCUUGAAUCUUCAGUUCUAUGCAACUGCUGGUUCAGAAACAUAUCCAUUAAGAAAUAGUUAACAUGGGUCUGUGUACAGAUGUACAGUAUGUAUUUUUACUCUGUAAAUAAUUUUUAAGGUAAUAUACUAUGAUUUAUCCAUUCACUACUUUGUAUAAGUGCUGAAAAUGUAUGACGUAUCAACAGCAUUCUUCCUCUACAAGCCUCAUAGGUUAAAAUGUUCAUAACAGCAUUAAUGUCUUCUAGUGUUUCCUUUUUCUCUUAUCGUGUAAAAUUUCCCACCAAUAAAACUUUGUAUGUCAGCCAAAGUGUCUUUCUUGUAUAAUACUGCACCCUAUAAAACAUGUUCCAUUAAAUGAUUUUGUGCCUGCUAUGAUAAUGUUGUUUCUUACGCAGAAAGUCUGAAAUUUACAAUCAGUACUGGCCGGUAUCAGCUUUGGAAAUUAAUGUUGUUGUGGUCCAGUAUUACUUUAAUUAUGUUUUUAUUUGAGGGUAUUACUUAAUGCAUCUGUCAGAUUUAAUUAAAAAUACAUAUAUAUUUGUAAAGCUUAGUAUAUAUAUAUAUAUAGGUAUUUAUAAAGUUCAGUUUGAUUUACUGUAUCUGCUGGUGGUGAGAUCCCUUGACAUUUGCUGCAGCUUUACAAUAUAUGUUUAAGUGCUAUCUCUAGUGUAAAUAUCAGUGAUGUGAACCAGAUGCUGCUCUGCACUCAGAGAGCUGAUAAGUCCUGUUAUUGCUGAAGAUUGAUGGUGGAUCGCAACCUUGAGUGGCCACAACAACAGUCAGUUCACAUCUGACCUCCAGCUGUGAAGGAACGUAAACCAGCAUUAUGUAUGCUAGUGUGGGAAGGGUGUCAGUUUCCUGACAUUAUGUUGCUUUUACACAGCUCACAGGCCACUUCUAAAUUUUCCCACAUAAGCAGAAAUAUGCCUUUGACUCAGCUGUUCCAAUUGCUGCAUUUUAAUGCUCCAGCUGUAGGAAGAAUACGAGUCCUAUAAAAACAGAAUUGAUGUAAAGAGCAUUUAUGCUGGUCAAACAUCUGGAAAUCCCCCCUAUUGGGCUUUAAAAUUUUUGACUUUGUAAAGAGUGACACCUUGUGGUUAUGUUUAAGAAGUGCAAGCCUUCUUGCACUUUUAAACUCGUGUCACUGUGCUGCUGCUUUAAAGUAAAAAGCAAAUUGCUGAUAAUUAGUAUUUUACUUGGUGUCUCUAUUAUGCACCAUAUUCUAUUUAAUUUACAUGAUCUGAUAAAUAAAUGGCUAGCCUAAUGCCAGCUGGGUCUUAGCUGUGAGGUUGAAACCUUACUGCAUUUCAUAAGCAUACUCCAUUGAUUAAACAGCACAAGAGAGUCAACAACCUUUAUUUAUCCAUAUAUGCGCCACUCAGAGAUCGGGAAGAUGUUACAGGAUUUACCCUUAAGAGAAGCCUAUAUGGAUCAUUUACAAUUUCUUUCUACAAUGAGGUCAUUGACAAAAACAAAAGGGGAAAAAAAAUAAAGACAAUAUGGUCGUAACAGUGUAAACGCAUGGUAAUAUACAUGAAAGCAAAAAAGCAAUAGGUAUCAGUGACAGCAAAUUAAAAUGUAGGGUAGGUUAGUAUGAAGAACAAAAGACUCCUGAAAACCCUAACUUUUUUUCCUCAAAUAACAGUUUGGCAUACAUUUCUACAUAGCAUGCAAUAAGGCACCUAUCUAACACAAGGAAGAAACCUAUGCUACAGUUUGAAGCACAAUUGUUAUCCAAAUAAAAAGAAAAGAAAAUAUUGCUCACCAUGUUCACUCCCAUAAAAACUGUAUAUCUCUCAUUCCCUUUCAUAUAACCCAAGCCAUAUCUAAAAAAAUACAUCAGUUUGUAAAAGAUAUUUUACACAGAACAGUAAAUAGAGCGCAAUCCAUCAGAAUUUGGAAAAAACUUUACGUCAUGUAAAAGUGAGAAUUUCUUGAAGUCUUUUAGUAUACACAACCUUUUCUUUUAAUUAUUUUCUUAGAUCAAAUGUUGUGAUAGUUUGCAGAUCAACAUGAGUAAGAGUUACCUAUAUUCUAUACACAGGUGGUUGAAUUAGUCUCCAAAGUGAUAAACAAAGUGUGAUGUUGCAUUUCAUGUACAUUUGGUGCGGAAGUACAGAGGAAACUGCACAGUAAAUAAUUAGGACACGGGUCAAGUUGUAAUAUGCUACCCAGUAGGUUUUUAUUUUCUAUUAUGCAGUUACUAACGGCUAAAUUGCAUGUCAUAAUAGAAUCAGGGUGUCAGCCAGUAUUGCUCUCUGUACAGUCUAUGCAGCAGUGCUAACCCACCAUAGACAUUCAAGAAAACAACCUUAUAAAUAUACAAGACGGCCCAUGUCUGAUGGAGCCCGAGAUCAAGAACAAGCUGCAAUGAGAACAUCUUCAACAUGUUUAAUUCCAACACUUAAAACAAAUUAAAGUCAUGAGAGGGAAAAAAAAUGUGGAGACAAAGUGGAUCUUACUAUCAAAAAUGUAAUCUUUUGGAACAGCACACUAGUCACCUAUACAUAUAUAUUUAUAAAAGAAAAUCAAUAAGUAUUUACAUUGGAUUUUUGUUGUUUGCUUCACAAGGGUUAUGUGGGUGAAAAAGAAAUAGCUAUUUAAAUUGAGACAAGUUCUGAGUUCUUGUUCACCAAUUGUGUUGGUAGUCUUGAAUAAAGUUGCAGCUGAAAAGCGCAAUGUGCCGACCUGAAGGUACAUAAACUGAAUUCUUCUAUCAAAAAGACUAACCAGAU